ACCCGGCCUUCAGAACUCGGUGCACUCCUACUUAACGGCCCAUUUACUGUGUGGCGUGAAGAAUCUCGCCUCAAGUCUUGCCAACGUCAUGUCUUCCUUUUCGAAAAUGCCCUUCUUCUCACCAAACUACGAACUAGCCCUCUGCCUAUUCCGACUCCACUCUCUACUUCCAGCAUCACAGGCACCACAACCACAACGUUCGCAGCAAUCGCUUCGAUAAACUCUUUGACAUCCAACAACAUCACACUCGGUUCUGGUACACUUGGCUCAGUUCCUAUUGCCUUGCCGGCUGGUGGAACAGUAAACAACUUUGGGGUUCCUAUGAUAACUGCCUCUCAGCCGAAUUUUUUGACUGCGGUCCAAGCCAGCCCGCCCUUCCAGAAUCAUGGCAAUGCUUCUAGCUACAGCAACACUAGUCUGUCUUCGGAGCUCUAUUUUGUUCCUCCUCGCACAUUCCAUCAUUCGUUAUCCACUAAGCAGACUAAUGGAGAAGAGCGUGAUGCUGGAGGUACUGUAGAGAUUCUGUGUGACCAUCGGCCCACCAGGCAGCUGCUUUCUGCUCGUGCACUCUUAAUGUCACAGACAGCUUCUGCUCUUGGAUCGGAUGUUUCAUCCACUUGUGGUCCUUUCUAUGAGGUCAAAGAGGAACUGCCGGUAAGCUACGAGCCCCUAUCUCUUACUACAAUUGUUUUCGUAAGGAGUUAUGGCAGAAUGGUUGAAUGCAUCAUCUGA